UAGAACCUUUCAGUCAUUCACAAAUUUGCGGGCGUUUCGUCGCCGUUUUUUCAAUGUUUUGCUCAAUUAUAUCAUUAUCAAUCUAUUUUAAAACCACAUAAGCUAAUUCCGGACCUCGGUGCUCGUGUUAAAUGUGAAAAUGAGCUUUUUUGGUUUCGGACAGACCGCCGAUAUAGAGAUUGUGUUUGACGAUGCGGACAAACGUAAAGUCGCCGAAGUUAAAACGGACGAUGGCAAAAAGGAGAAAUUGCUGCUGUACUACGACGGUGAAACUGUGUCCGGUAGGGUGAAUGUGACGUUGCGGAAGCCCGGCUCGAAGUUGGAACAUCAAGGGAUUAAAGUUGAGUUGAUCGGACAAAUCGAGUUGUUCUACGACAGGGGUAACCAUCACGAGUUCAUCUCGCUGGUGAAGGAGCUGGCGAGGCCAGGGGAUCUGCUACAGCACACGUCGUAUCCGUUCGAAUUCGCCAACGUAGAGAAACCGUACGAAGUGUACACAGGUGCAAACGUACGGUUGAGGUACUUUCUGCGAGCUACCAUCGUCCGCCGACUCACAGAUAUCGUUAAAGAAGUAGAUAUAGCAGUGCACACACUGUGCAGCUACCCCGACGUCCUAAACUCCAUAAAAAUGGAAGUAGGCAUAGAAGACUGUCUACACAUAGAGUUUGAAUAUAACAAAUCAAAAUACCAUCUAAAGGACGUCAUAGUCGGUAAAAUAUACUUCCUCCUGGUGAGGAUUAAGAUUAAACACAUGGAAAUAUCCAUAAUUAAACGGGAAACUACUGGUUCCGGCCCGAAUACGUUUACAGAGAAUGAAACGGUUGCUAAAUAUGAAAUUAUGGAUGGUGCCCCCGUACGUGGUGAGAGUAUUCCAAUAAGAGUGUUCCUGGCAGGUUAUGAUCUAACACCGACGAUGAGAGAUAUAAACAACAAAUUCUCUGUACGUUAUUACCUGAACUUGGUGUUGAUGGAUACAGAGGACCGUCGGUACUUUAAGCAGCAGGAAGUAACACUAUGGAGGAGAAGUGACAAGUCCCGAUUACCGCUGAAUCCUCACCAUCCCCAAGCUUUAGCAAGCUCCAUGCCGACCAGACAGCUAAGUGUGUCCAGCGAAGAAAACUCUGUAAGAGGUAUUGCACCAUCCAUGCCUGACAACUUGCAAAGGUCGAUAUCACCCCCUAAUCUAGAAAGGCAUAACGGUCCAGCAGAAAUGGAACAGGAGGCACCAGAUCUUACAAAGAAACUGGCAAAUACGCAUAUUGAUGAUGUGUCUGAAAACAGGAACAACGAGCAUGUUGAAAAUUCAAUCAAAGUUGAGAUUAACAACCACGACAAUGUGAGUCAAGAGAAACCACAAAAGGAGAAGAUAAUGGUAGCCGAGAAACCCCAGGUCGCUGAGCCUUUGAUCGAAAAGCCACAGGUUGCAGACAAACCUCCUUUAUCACCUGAAUCGCCGGUCAAACCACUAGUUGCUGAAAAACCACAGAUAGCAGAGAAACCACAAGUGUCGGAGAAACCUCAAGUGUCAGAGAAACCACAGUUAGCGGAAAAACUGGAAGCCGAGACUGUACAGACUGAAAGCGAACAAUAGCCAAUAUGCAAGUGUGUUAGGAAUCUGAAUGUCACCGAUAAUAUGAACUUUGCGUUUGUGUAUCUGAAACCGAUAGUAUAAAUUUAUUUUAACAAAACAUUAAUGGCUUUUAACAAAAUAUUGUAUAUAAACACUUAAAUGUUGAUGAAAAAGAUGUCUUUCUGUGUGGUAGGAAGAGACAAUGUUUAGCGGGCCAAGCUUUUUGGGUCAUGGCCAAGGACAUCUUGGUAACAAAUUAAUAAUUACUCUAUGUCAUUACAUUAUCAACAAAAAAUAAGGUUUUACUGCUAAACAAUUUAUCUUUGUUUCCUUCACUACCCAGGCACUAUAAAAUAGUCUAAUGUGCCAUGAGACGUUAAUUUUAUUCGAUAUCAAGAGUUAUUAACAACAAGUAACAACACAAAAGAUGCCCAAAAAUUACUACUUUACAACCAAGUGUGAAAAUAUAUUCAAAAUACAUUGCUAUUGUAUUUAUUGCUGUAGAAUAUGUUAUGUAAUUGCUUUCAAGCUGUAAUUUUUGUUGAAAUCAGGAGGCGUUUUUUGCUAUGAAUAGGAUAUACUAUGCUUAUGUGUCACUAUCAAUUUGAUAAGCAUAUGUGGUACAUCCUAUGUUGUACCACACCCUCCUAUCUUUGAUAAGCACAUAUUUAUUGAUUUUAAUUUGCAAUAUCAUAAUUUUUAUGUCGAUGAUUUUCAGAAUCACUUUCUUAGUUAAAACUUUAGAGUAAACUUAGGAUAUUGUUCCAAAUAAUUGACAGAAAGUCUUAAUGCAAAAAAGAUUUGCUAUUCGACACAACAACAUGACUUUAAUUGUCAAGAUGGCCCCAAACAAAUCUAAAGUGGGCCUGUUUUUUGGCUAGAAUGUGCCAUGUCUAAUAAAAGUCUAUCAUUUCAAAGUCAAUAAAAUCUGCUCAUUGAUAUUUCCCCUACAAUACGGCUGUAUAGCUUUCAAUUUAUUUCAAUUGAUACAAUAAUAUCAAUUUAACAUGUCUCUUUUGUUGUGUACAAACUCUUAUAGCAGUGUAUUUUAAAUAGUUUUUAGCGGUAACUGCAAGUUUUUUGGAAUAAUAGUUGAAUUGUUUCAAACUUAUUUUGUUUAAGGUUGUCUGGCUGGUGACAUGUUUUAUCUGACAAGGCCAUAAUAAUAUAAUAAUUACAUAAUGUUAAUUUAACAAUGUUUUAUCUAUGUACAUGUAUCAUGAUUCAUCAAUCAUUGUAAUCAAUUUUCGGCUCGUAAAAUAGCAUGACCACAGUAGAAUUAAGAACACUCACAGAUUUUAGAAACAAUUGACAAAUUAUAUCAUUCCCAUCUAUAGCUUUGUCUAUUCUACUGUAGAAAGAAAUCUCUUCUAUUGUGGCCAUGCUAAGUGUGAAGCAAAGCGAAAAUGUUAUUCACAAUUGUUUCAUUAACACAAAUUGUCUAAAAAUAAUCUUAUUGAAUAAAAGUGGAUUGGAGUUAUGAUGUCCCACUGAAACUCAAAACGGUUGGACGGAUUUGGCCAAUUUUGGUCUUAAAAUAAUUAUUAUGUAUGUUCAGAAAAGGUUUCAACCGUCUAAACUUUGGAAAUAUUAACGUUUAAAUAUCAAUUAUAUUUACGACAGAAAAACGUGUGUCGGGACAGCUAGUUGCAUAUAAAAUUGAGUAGAAAUUUUUGUAUGAUUUAUGCUUGUCCUUGCACAAGUGAAAUAAUUUUGCACUAUAAAUGAAAUAUAUAAUAUAAAAAUUGUGAUAUGUAUAUGAUUUAAAGAUAGACAAUGACUGUCUGAAUAUGAAAAAUAUAUCCUAAAUUAUUAUGUAAU